GGAAGCAGAAACCCAUGCUCUGCUCUAUAGAGCAAAGCUUACGUAUUCCUGGCAAUGGAAAUUCCAUAGACAGAAGAAUAAAAGCAUCAUGCAGUGAAUGUGCCAGACUUUCAUUGACACAGAAGAAGGUAACAGCACAGAUCAGGUUGGAACCAUGGCUGAUUUGUCAUCUGCACAAUCUCCCUAUGCCAAUGUUUCCCAGCCAAUAAUAGAUGUCUUUGGACUAUCGAAGGACACAAACUGCACUAUUGAAGACGGUUUCCUCGCAGUGGGUCUGCCUAUUUUCUACAUUGUUAUCUGUGUCAUCGGGCUCCUUGGUAAUAUACUGGCCUUAUGGAUAUUUCUCUUCAACCAGAGGAAGCCAACAUCUAUUUCUAUUUACAUGAAGCAUCUGGCUAUGGCUGACCUCUUGUUGUUACUCUGCCUUCCAUUCAGGAUCGCCUACCAUUUUGGAGAGUACAAGUGGAUGGUUAGGUGCUACUUCUGUAAGAUCAUCGGGACAUUUUUCUACAUCAACAUGUAUGCCAGCAUUUUAUUCCUCGGAUUGAUCAGCCUGGACCGUUACUUAAAGAUCACAAAACCUCUCCGUAAGUUUAGAGUCCACAGUGUGAAAUGGAGCUCGGGCAUAUCCAGGGCUGUGUGGCUGACUAUCAUCGUAUUCAUGCUGCCCUUUGUUGUGGUCAGCAGCUUAAAGUCAAAUGAAACAAAAUGCUUCCACUAUAAGGACCAGAGUGUGACUGCGGGUGUAAUGAAUCUAACAGCUGUCAUGUUUAUUUUUAUUCUCUCCUUGCUAUUCCUGGUAUCCUAUGCCAAGAUUGCAGUCAAACUCUACAACAUUUCUGAAGGGAAGAAAAAGCAGCAGAUCAAGAAAGUGAGCACCAGAGCCAUUAUAAAGACCUUCAUUGUACUCGCAAUCUACAUUGUGUGUUUCAUACCUUAUCACAUUGUUCGAGUCCCUUAUAUCCUCUCACAGAUGGGGAUCAUCUCCAGCUGUCACGCUAAGCAGUUUCUACAUAUGGCCAAUGAACUGGUUCUGUGCCUGUCCGCCCUAAACAGCUGUCUUGAUCCAGUCAUUUAUUUCUUCCUAUCCAACUCUUUUCGCAGGAUUAUUAUUUACACCAUUAAAGGAAGGUUUAGUAAAACCUUUCCUAAGACAAAUGGAACCAGGAGCAGUUUCAAAUCCAUCACAGACAUCUGAGAUUCAGAGCUGCCGAUACUGAGUUAAGUGGAUAGAAGCUGAAAGCAUGGCCUUUAGGCAAACAUCACCGCAGUGAUCAUUUCAAUUCAAGGUGAUGCAUGGCGUAGCAGUAUUUCAGGCAAUGUUUGCAACAGCCUUCCUAGAGACAGCAGGGAUAACUACUCAUAGAGAAGGAAAAAAAGCUGCAGAUGCUGGAAUCCUCCUGUCUGUCGACCCAUAGAGAAGAGGGCACAUCAAAUACUCAAGUUAUGCCAGCGUUUCAAAAGUUUAAUGUCUGGUCAUGACAAAGAGAGCUCAGUGAGAAGAGUUUAAAGUCACAGUUUUGUUAAGCCAAAUGUAUCACACUAUAAUGCUGCAAAUCAUGGAAAUGGCAAUUAUGUAUCAUCACAGCAAGAACCUCUGCAAAUAUCAUAAAUGGAUUUUCAGCUGGUCCUGAUUUGCAUAUUCUCUAAUGCGGAUUUAUAGACAUUUUGCAAAGAAGAUGCAAAAUCGAAUUAAACUUAAUUCCAAUGUUACAGCAGUAGGAACAUUUCACCAGUUCAUUACAGACCUUUUACAAUGCAGGAAGAAUUUACAAUGCAGGAAGUAUUUACAAUGCAGGAAGGCAGGUUUUCAACCUGCGCAAGCUCCAAGCCACAGCAAUACGAACACCGUACCUGUGUGAACCAGGGCAUUUCUUCAGCUUGUGUGGACACCAAGAAUUCCUGGUCACCUAGGCAUAGGCAGGUCAGUUUUCCCAAAGUAUUUUACAUCUUGCAGUGCAUACGUUUUGUAGGAGACAGUUUACAAAAUAAAUGAUUUGUUGGUUAAUAAGGAAUCAAUUUCCUAUGCAGGACAUUCAAACCGAAACCUGAUGUUUGGUCUUGACAGCAACAUCUGCCUCUGAAGUUGAAGAGCUGACUCACCUGACUCUUGUAUUUAGUGCAAAUUCAUUUUCCAGUGCAGAAAGUCAGCAUAAUUUUCAUAAAGACUCAAAAUUUUGUGCAGAACAAUGGAUGAAUUGAGCCCAACAUCUUGUAAUGAAUUAAACUGUUAUUCCAUGCUAGAUUGUAAAUUGUUUUAAAUGUGUUAUAAAUACCUGGGAAUAUUGGAAAUCUGAAAUCAAUUAAUUGAAAGUUCAGGAGAAACUCAGCCAGUCUGACUGAGAUGACUCUAAUUAAUCCAAAUUAACUGUUGAAAAAUCAUUAGAAUGAUACAGUUAAAUCUGUUUCUCUCUUCACAGAUGCUACCAGACCUGUUGAGUUUCUUCAGUACUUUCUGUUUGUAUGUCUUUACUUGGGGCCAGACAAGAUUUGUAUUAUUAGAGAAAUUGUAAUGUUAGACUGUUACUAGAUGUAAAAUGUAUAUAGGAAUUUUGCAUUACAAAGCAAGAAUUAUAUGAAUGAUCAGCACUUGAACAUUUAGUG